AUGAGUACAAGCUCCCGUGCAGUCCUCUCUUUGAGUGCGGCGCGUAGUGUCGCUGUUUCUUCGCCUGUGGCCAGCGCACUUCCCGCGCCGGCGCUCGCCCAGCCCGUGUACGUGCAGUCGGUCGCCCCGGUGGUGCGCAUCCCGGUGCCCCAGUUUGUCGCGCAGUGGGUCAGCCGCAUUGCAGGUGCGUGGUCGCCCAGUGCAGAGGACGCGUCGAAUAGCGACGCGGGUGCCGAGGCGCUCGCGCUCGCUGCGCCGGGUCACGCAACUGCUCUGCCCGCGGCCGACGCCCCGGAACUUUGGGACGGCCUUCUCCUUGCUGCGCCCAAGAAAAAGGUCUCGCACUCGCGCAAGGCGAUGCGCUCGGCAAACAAGGGUCUCAAGGACCGUGUCAACCUCGUUCACUGCCCGUCGUGCGCGCGCCCGAAACUUCAGCACCACAUCUGCGAGCACUGCUAUGCAGACUUUGCGCGGAACCUGAAACAAAAGAGCAACGACACGCCGGCUGCGUAA